CGGUCAGUCUUUGUCUGACUUCUCUCGAGUCUCCCUUCUCGUUCCAGUAAAAGAGCACCACCUGCCAUCCCCAGACCCAUCAGCUUUGCUUUGACCAUGCGAGGGAGGGAUGACAGUGGCCGCUCCGCACUUUCCUUAUAUUAUGGCGUCCACCGGAAAAGGAACGAAGAGUAAACACGGCAAGGUCUCUGCAACCAGAACGGCCAUGGCGAAGCAUGCGUCCCCCUCUCUGCCAUCUUGUUCUUGAGACAAGGAAGGGAUGAUCGAAGAACAGAGCAGAGAGGAAAGUUAGGAAGAGGGGGAAAGCUGAAGUGCAUACAUCUCUCUUCUUCCUGUCCCAACAAAAGGAUCAGAGGAAAUGGAGAGAUCUUCUAAUGCAAGAGAAGACAUAGAGCGAGAUUUCCUGUUGUCGAACACAGCAAGACAAGCAAAAAGGAAAACAACUCCAAGAUAGAAUGUUGGUAUACAAGAUUGACUUGCAGUCCCUGAAACUACUUCUACCUUGUUUGGACCAGAAUUUUCCUGGCUGGGGAAAUAGUCAAAAUCUAUCUGAGCAUGACAAAGUUGACUUCGAUGUUGUUUCAGAAGAACAAAAACGCAAGCAGAGGAAGAUGGAUUCCGCCGAGCGUGGCGAACACGAGAACGAUAUCCAAGUAGAUCUCGAUGCCGAUUCAACCGGCACCAGAAUGCGGCUCGUGGAUUACAUUCCCAUUUACGUUCCCACGGUGGAACAGGGGCUGCUGAAUCAAAGCCACCGCCACGAGAGAAGAUUUCUGGACUUCCUCAAAGCUCACCCAUCGAAAGAUUGGUUCCUCCGGUUCGGGUUCGUCGGAAGACUCUCACCCUUUUCCUUCUUGCGACGCAGUGGGAAUCCAUCCGAUGGCCGCCGUCUGCGUCGUUUCCGUGUGCCGUUUGUGAGGAAGAUCAACUGGGGAGCUCUGAUCCGAUACUUCAAGAACUGGAUAAAGAAACCUGUGAACGUAGCUCUUCUUAUCUGGUUGAUCUUUGUGGCGGCAGGGCUUCUGAUGCUGUUCCUCUUGAUGACGGGGAUCCUCAACGGAGCCAUUCCCAGCAGCUCCAACAGAAAGAAAUGGACGGAGAUCGUCAACCAGAUUCUCAACGCCCUCUUCACCAUCAUGUGCAUAUACCAACACCCCAAGCUGUUCCACCACCUGGUGCUUCUCCUCCGGUGGAAAUCGGUCGACAGGGUGGAGCUCAGGACGGUGUACUGCAAGGACGGAUCUCAUCGAGUUCACGAGAGGGCUCACAUAAUGCUGGUUGUCUUCCUCCUCCACAUUACUUGCUUCGCCCAGUACGUCCUCUGCGGCCUCUACUGGGGGUACACGAGGGACACGAGGCCGGACUGGGCCGAGAACCUCUGCAUCGGCAUCGGAAUCGCAGCUCCGGUGAUCGCCGGUGUUUACACGGUCUUCAGCCCGCUGGGAAGGAAGUACGAGGAGCCUCAAUCCGUCCGCGAAUCUCGAAGCCAACGGGAUCAGCCGGAGCUGAAGAUAUACAACAGGCGGGUGGUGGUCACCAGCCCCGAGUGGAUCGGAGGGCUGUUCGACUGCUGGGACGACCCAACCGUGUGCUGCGCCUCCUUCUUCUGCACCUUCUGCGUGUUCGGGUGGAACAUGGAGCGGCUUGGGUUCGGCAACAUGUACGUCCAUAUCGCCACCUUCAUACUGCUCGUCGUCGCCCCUUUGCUGGUCUUCAGCGUCUCCGCCCUCAACAUCGACGACGACACCAUAAGGUACAUCGUGGGGAUCUUCGGUAUCGUGGUCUGUGUUUUCGGGCUGCUCUACGGCGGGUUUUGGAGGAUUCAGAUGAGGAAACGAUUCAAGCUUCCCGCAAAUCCUUUCUGCUGCGGGUACCCCUCGGUGACGGACUGCGUGCAUUGGCUGCUCUGUUGGUCGUGUUCUUUGGCUCAGGAGGUGAGGACGGGGAACUUCUAUGACGUCGAGGAAGACAGCCUCUGCCGGAAGGCGGCGGACGAGGAAGGCCGGCCGGUGCUGCUUCCUCUGCCGCGGGAAGGAGGGUCGGGAUUCAUGGUCACAUCCAGCGGCGGCGAUGACUACCCUCGAAGGAGCUACUCCUGCCCACCCAAAGUCGACCCCACGAGUCUGCAAGCUUACGCUGAUGCCACUUCGACAUGGCCGUCGUUUACCAGAUCCUCUACGUGCGGGAAGAUCCAUGCGAUGAGACCACCUACUCCGGCGUUGAUCCAACUGGACGAAGCUUAGACAGCUCACGCAAACAAGCAUGCACGCUCGUUCAGCGCCGGCACACGCGUACAGGAGCAGAUCCAUCAUCAUCAUGAACUGGGCAUCUGCUCCCGGUGCAAGAUUUAGGGCCUUCUUCUCCUCUGUUGGCAUGUUUGAGUCCAUCAGUCAGAUGCAGAAUUACAAAUUACAAAGCUUUCCCAAAUCCUUCUGUAACAUAAUUUUGGUCUUACAAAUAAUAAAGAGCUUAUAAUUCUGUA